GUCCUCGUCCUGCUGCUGUUGCCGACACCUCCCAUCAACCUCCUCCUCAUGGCGGCGCCGCCUCCUCCCGCAGCCCCGGCCGCCGGGCAGCACAGCGUCUUCGUGUACGGCACGCUGAUGGCGGAGGAGGUGGUGCGGGUCCUCCUGGGCCGCGCCCCGCCCUCCUCCCCCGCGCUCCUCCCCGGCCACCGCAGGUUCAGCCUCAGGGGCCGCGUCUACCCGGCCAUCCUCCCCGUCCCCGACCACGCGGUGAGCGGAAAGGUUUUCAGGGGGCUCACCGACAGGGAACUCCAUGUGUUCGACUUGUUCGAGGACGAGGAGUAUGUGAAGAAAACUGUUGAGGUCUCGCUGGCAGAUACGUCGGAGAAAUCACUCGCCUACGCCUACAUCUGGGGCAACGAGGGUGAUCCUGACCUCUACGGCGAAUGGGAUUACGAGGAGUGGAGGAAGGUGCAUUUGAAGGAUUAUCUUGAGAUGACUCGGGAAUUCAUGGAGGAACUUGGGCAAUUUUGAACAGAUCUCCUCUGGUUUGUAAACAGGGUCCUUGCAAAAGUUACCAUACGAUAUGUGUCAUAGACUCGUAGCAUAGCCUCUUUUGUUCAUAGACUUGACCAGUGCUAUUAUACAUUUCUUCUGUGUUUUUGGAUUACAGAGAUGUUACUUGAGCCAUUUGGAUGCGAACAAAUUGACUCUUUUCUUCUA